UGAGGGAGGACGGCCACCAACUGGUCGGUCUUGAACGCGUUUCCUACGUGUGCUGUACGUGUACCACUGCCAGCCAGUGCCACCCCACCACCGGCCGGGCCAGUUGUCUGUUGGAACUUGGCGGAUACACUAAGGUGCCAGGGCGGUGCAGGCUGCUGCCUGAGCAUCUAUAAUAGACGGAAAGUACUGGAACAAAGCUUACGAGUAUAGUACCCAGUUGUGCCUCGCCAUAAUUGAAAGCCCACCAGUGACCGACUCCAGCAGCUUGGUCACCACCCACCACCACCACCACCGCGGGUAGGAGGUUGUAAGGCCACCACCACCACCACCACCGCGGCUAGGAGGUUGUAAGGCCACCACCGGGGCGAGAAGGUUGUGAGGCCAGCACCACCACCACCAAGCGCAUGGCAUCUGCAGGGAAGUGGGGUGACAACCCCGUGGACUGUCCAGUGUGCCUGACAGGCUUUGAUGACUUAGUACAACAGCUGCGCAUUCUUCCCUGUGGCCACAGUGUCUGCACACUGUGCAUAGAUAAACUGAAGGAGCAGGGCUGUGUUACCUGUCCAGAGUGCCGCAUCAGCCAUGUCGUACCCAAGACAGGACAGUUCCCUAUCUGCUAUGCUCUUGAGGCAGUCAUCAGAAUGAUGAGAAAUGCUAAGGUGGCAGCAGCAACAGCAGCCUCACCGCCACCCAGUGCCGGUAAAGGGAAAGAAGAAGCAAGGGAAGCUGGCAAGAAGAUAGCAGCGGGCCUCUCCAAAAAGAUGCGCUCCUCUCUGCGGGAACAGGAGGCCACAGUUGUGGCCGCCAUCACCGCCUGCCAGGAGGCUCAGGCACAGUUGGGCCAGUAUGAGGCCACCCUGACAGGCUGGGGCAAGCAGCAGCAGCAGCUGGAGGACGGCCUCCUGGGACUGGUGGACCAGAGCAGGAGUGCCAGGGAGCUUGUGCAGCAGGAAACGUUCCGUGUGGCAGCCAAGAAGGAGGAGGCAAAGAAAAGGGAGCAGAAGCUGCAGGCUGUGCUGGAAACGUUGCGCACUCCUACAACAAAGCAAGAGGCAUUCAAGGUUUUGGGUGAAGUGUUCAACUGCACCAGUGAGGCGGAGCAGGUGUUGGAGGAGUGCCAACAGUGUUUCCCUGAUGCCGGCAUUCUCACAACCGCCAGGAAGGUGAGAGAGGCAUCUAGUGCAGCCCUGGAGGCCGCCCAGGCUGUCCAGGCAGCUCCGGAAACUGUUUCUACAGAAGAGCCGAGGCCCCAAUCAGAACCAAAAGAGCCCAGUUCCCAGUCAGACCCAGAAGAGCCCAGUUCCCAGUCAGACCCAGAAGAGCCCAGUUCCCAGUCAGACCCAGAAGAGCCCAGUUCCCAGUCAGACCCAGAAGAGCCCAGUUCCCAGUCAGACCCAGAAGAGCCCAGUUCCCAGUCAGACCCAGAAGAGCCCAGUUCCCAGUCAGACACAAACCUUACCAUCAUGGAAAAAGUGAAGUUCAUCUUAGAGCCAAGCUUGAAGGUUCAAGACAACCUUUCAUCAAACUUGUUCCCCAGCACCCCACAGCCACCUGAUUCUACCCGCAAUAAAAAGAGUUCAGGGACAGGGACAAAGAGGGAGGAGGCUUCUCAAACAGUUUCAGAAACCAGAAUGACAGAACAAAAAGAAGAAAAGAGCUCCUCUGAAAAUUCUGUGGCCUUUCUAUUUUCUAAAGCCACAGCAGAAACUACAGCAAAAUUUUUGCCAUCCUUGCAACCUGCAGUGUCAGUCUCAUCAACGGCCUCACCACAGGAUGCUUUCAAGUUUGAUGUGUCCAGCAGCAACAGUGCCUUUACGACCUUUGAAUUCACACCCAAGCCCAUCAGCAGAGCACUUGCAGGUGAUGUUUCACAGUCAACAAAGCAAGUUGACAAGAUGAAGGAGCCCAACUUGACUCCUGUCCCCCUGCCACUUAAAUCACUGCCAAAAAACAGCUUCAUGGCUUCCCCAGGACAAGGCUUGCAAUCCUCACCAGAAGGAUUUAAGUUCUCCAUUCCUGAGAUAGUGGAUGUACAGUCAGCCAGUGAGACCUUGGAUAAUGCCCCCAACUUUACAUUCAGGAACCCAACUCCUACUGGUCCGGGUAGCACACCCAGCCCUGAGGUAGCCAUGCCCACCUCUCAGCCUUCCUUGAUGCUUAAAAGUAGCAGCUCAUCUUUGUGGGUCCCCAAGAAGGAAGGCAGCAUCUUGGAUAUUCUGAAGCCAAAAGAAAAGCUUCCUGAAAAAUCAUUAGCCUCAUCACCAAAUAAUGAUGAAAAGACAGUUGUUUCAAGUAAACCAUUUUCUAUGACAAAUUCUGACAGUACUAAGUCUUUGUUGGAACAAUCAGUCAACAGUAUAGUUAAGAAAUCAGACACUUUGAAAGGUGUGCAAGGCUUUGGCUCAAUGUUCAAAAAGUCUAGUGAUGAAUGGGAGUGCAGUGUGUGUAUGUUAAGGAAUCAGAAUAUGUCUGUUAAGUGUGUUGCGUGUGAGACACAGAGACCUGGAGAGGUUGCAUCAGCCCUCACAAAGGAUGCUGAGGGAGCUGCUAAGUCAAGUGGGUCAUGGGCAGGAAAUGGGGCAGCUUGGGGGUAUACCUUUAGAAAAUCAGCCAGUGAGUGGGAUUGUGAUAUGUGUAUGGUGCGUAAUAAGGACUCGGUAUCAAAGUGUGUUGCAUGUGAGACUCCAAGACCUGGAGCUAAGUCAGAUACAAAAUCUGUACCAGAGACAACUGUUGACACUAAGGAAAAGACAAACACUUUAGGGUUUGGGUCAGUAUUUGCAAAACAGAAAGGAGAGUGGGAAUGCGACACCUGCUUAGUUCGAAACAAAAGUGAUGCCACCAAGUGCAUAUCAUGUGAGACCCCCAAACCAGGUGCUGCUAAUAUUUUUGAAGCCAUUAUUGGGAAUUUCAAAUUUGGUGUAAAUACUACAACCAGUGACUCAACUCCACUAGGUUUUACAUUUAAGGAGAAAGCUGUCUCCAGUGGGUUCAAUUUUGGAGUUGGUGGCAAAACUACUGAAGAGGAGAGUAAGGAAGGUGCCAAAACUACUCAAGAGGAGAGUAAGGAAGGUGCCAAAACUACUGAAGAGGAGAGUAAGGAAGGUGGCAAAACUACUCAAGAGGAGAGUAAGGGAGGUGCCAAAACUACUCAAGAGGAGAGUAAGGGAGUCACUGGAUUCAAAUUUGGAGUGCCUGGAGAGAAAUCUAAUGCCUUGACUGUACACUCUUCUGGCUCUAGUGCUGAAAGUGACCAACCAAAGGACAAAGUUACCAGUUCAAGUGUAGGUUUCAGUUUUGGCAUGCAAAAGGUGGAUACAAAAGCUGAAAUUGAGGGAACUAAAAAGCUCUUGCUAUUUGGUGGCAAGUCUGCAGAUAGUGUGGAAAGUGUGACAUCAACCAUACCAGCUUUUCAGUUUGGUACAGGUAUCAAGACUCAUGUUGCCAUCAGUUUUGACUCUGGAAACCAAGAAAAAGCCAAAGAAGAGCAGAAGGCAAAUCCAUCCUCCAGUGGAGAGGCUAAAACUGGUAUGUCAGAAGACGUCAAGGGGUUCAAAAGAAAUGAGGCUCUUUUUGAUGGAAAGGGCGGGGAUGUAGAAGAAAACACAAGUAAACCAGUGUUUGGAGCCUGUGCCCCUUCCUCCAACACAACACCAGCCUUCCAGCUUGGCAACAGCAACCCUCCAGCCCGCACUGCCACAGCUCCCUCAACCUUUGGAUGUCCCACAUCAGCGUUUGGCAGCAGCGUCAAUUCCAACUCUGGUUUUGCCUUUGGGCAGCUAUCAAAGAAGGAAUCCAGAACAGGAUUUGACUUUGGGAAAGCUGCAAGUAGUACUGGCCCAAGCUUCAACUUUGCUGCAGUGCAACCACCAUCAAAUCCCGGACUUUUACAGUUUGGACAGAGUCAAACAAACAACAGUUCUCCAGGAGUCUUUCAGUUUGGUUCAAGAAAUUCUGAAGUUCAGGCUCCAGGAGUUGCAUUUGGAAACAGUAAGAACCCACUCACCCGUGGUCCUCCCAGUGGCAGGGUGAUAAAGAAGGGAUCCCGGAGGUCCAGAGAGUAAUGUUAUUCUCUUAACCCGGCAGCAGCGAUGGGCCAAAUUUUUGGCUUUACCGUGUAGCAGCGACGGGCCAAAUUUGUGCCAUGAUAUAAACCCCCCAAAAUAGAUGAUACAUAAACUGAUCACAAAUGCUUUGAUAUAUAUUAUGAAAUGGUUUGUGUGAGUGAUGAUUUUUUCUCAUUUUUCUCGCUAGAGGGACCAUUGAGAAACAUGAUCCCAGCUGCUAACGGGUUAUGGGUCUUUUGUUGAUAUUUUACCAGGGAAUUACUUAGAUUAUUUUUAAAUGCUGCUACUUACUAAAAAAAUAAAGAUGUGAACUAUAAUGCAACCAAAUAGUUACAGUGCGUAUUACACAACGUUUGUGCUUCUAAAAUUUAUAUAGAAGAAAGAAAUACUAUAUAGUAGUACAGAAAAUUUUGAUAUUUUUUUGCUUUCUGUAAUACUUAACCCUUUCAUUGCUAAACGCUUGCAGCGGGCGUUAGGCGUAUUUGCUGGUGGCGCUAAACGCUCGCUGCGACCUCCACCCGCACUCAAAUCUCCCACGUAUGAGAGUGUUCCAACACUAAUUCUCACAACACAGGAUUGCCAAUUGAGUGGAUUCUUCACUAAAUUUGGUGGAAAAUCAUAUCAGCCCAGCGCGGCGAAUGUACGGACGAGUAACAGGUGGAUGUUCUUGCCCAAUAUAGUGGCAUUUUUGCAUAGCUUCACCUAUCACCUGACUGAUUCUUUGACCAAACAGUUGUAAAUAUUGCAGUUGGCAAUACUCCCUUGCCAGAAUCUGAAGAAAAGAUGUCCGCAGUUCCCUCAAUACGGCUGAUCAUCCCACACGCACCGACGUAAGUGUUAACAUUCAACACUCCCUGAACGUGCGUGUACGUUCGCAAGAGAGGUAGGCGGUGGCCGAAGUGAUAGCGUACUGGACCCACAUUCGCCGCGUGAUGGACGACGCGGGUUCGAAUCCUCACGCUACCACUCGGAUUUUUCAGUCACCGCCGAGUGGCUUAAAACUACCCACAUGCUGUCCUGAAGACCACCCAUCAACCCGGACUCUAGAGGAAACCGUCCAAGCGAAUCAAGAACGAGUUCCGGGGGGCAGCAUGAGCCAAUGCAAGAUGGCCCCACUAUAAACACUCGCCUGCGCCAGAACGGGCUGGGCCGACCAUCAGGCCCCACCGGGAAGAUGCCUACCGGCGCAAUAGGCAACAACGUAAAAAAAAAAAAAAAAAAAAUACAUAA